CAACAUCACCAUCAGCAAGCAUGCAUGCGUGAUGCAUGAAACCCUAGAGUCGUUUUCCCCUCAGCAUUGGGGAAGGAAGGAGGGGCCUUUCUCUUUCGCACCACCAAAACCCCCAUCGCCAUCGUAAUCGCAUUCUAUCGCAUUCCAUCGUCGUCCCCUUCUCCGCUCCUCCUCCCUGGUCCUCCAUCUCCGUCUCCUUUUUACCUCGUACCCUUGUGCUUCUCGCUUCCUCUGUUGGUGUCAAGCUCGGCCAGGAAUUCUUAGGUUAUGUGUGUAAGCCAAUUCGGUGCUUUCGCAGGAGCGAGAUUGGGCGAUCUUGAAGGGAAUGGGAGAGGGGAGCGACAGCGGGAGUGGAGAGUGCGUUUGAUGUUCUCUUUGUUUUGAGUUGCGUGGGCGUAGUGGGAAGAAGAUAAGAAGGCGCUUCAAGAGGGUUGGCGGAGCGCUGCUUUUGUGUUUUCUUUUUGUUUUGUUUUGUUGUGAUUUUCCCAAGUUGGCGAGAAAGCAUGGUGGAGGAGGCGUGAAGGGAUACUUUCUGCAGGAACGGGUUGUGGCGCAGGGAGAAGAGGAAAGAGUUGUGAGGGGUUGAAGACGGAGAGGGCGCGUUGGGGGGAUUGUUGGAUGCGAUGUCUGCCGCGGUUUGCGGAAAGCGGUCGCUUUUUGAGGAUUUGCGCAGCUCGCCACCAAUUUCUAAGCGCCUGAGGUUUGCUCAGGGAAAUUCGCCGAUCUGGUUUGCUAGUGCAACUUCAUCGCCACCUUCGGGUAGUAGCCCGUCCUUCGAGCCUCGCCUUGAGGCGGGCUUGCUCCUCUCACAACUCCAUGCCCUGUUUCCCGAUAUGGAAGAACAAGCGGUGGAGAAGGUUUUGGAGGCUUCUAACAACGACCUAGAUUAUGCUAUUAAGAGCCUGAAUCUGUUGCGCUUGUAUUCAUCACAACAAGCGACCCCACCACAUCCUGACGAGAAGGAUGCUUCUGGCUCGAGUCCUUCGUUAUCUUCAUUCCCAAGCCGCCUAGACGAGGGUCGCUCGCAGCAAGUGCAACAACAAGAAGCCGAAUACACUAAUUCAACUGUUCAGUCAGAGGGGGUUAAAUGGGUGGAGCUUUUAGUCACGCAAAUGCAGAAUGCAAGUGAUUUGGAUGACGCCCGCGCAAGGGCUAUGUGUACCCUAGAGGGGUUUGAAAAAGCUGUUUUAUCCCGCUCUGCAGCCAUCAUCGAUGACAUUCAGAAGGAGAACGUGGCCCUGAAGGAACAUAAUCGUGGGCUGAUUCAUGACAACCAGAUCCUCAAAAGAGCUGUUGCUAUUCAACACGAGCGGCACCAAGAUCACGAAGGCCGUGUCCUGGAGCUUCAGCAUGUGAAACAACUUCUUACUCAGUACCAAGAACAAGUACGAACUCUGGAGUUGAACAAUUAUUCGCUUACAAUGCAUCUUCGGCAGGCACAAGAAGGAAGUUCCAUGCCAGGACGCUUUCACCCGGAUGUAUUCUAAGCUUAUUCUUUCUAGUGCUGAUACUCCAUGGUCUCGUUUCGCAAUUCAAUUAAGAAGGUUUCGGACACUAAAAUGCAUGUACUCUUAUUUUCUUGGAUUUUUUAAAUUUCCAAGUAGUUCCUAGUUUGUGGACGGCACUGUUAAGCAGCUGAACAUCCCCACAGAACUUCACUCAACAACCAGGUGAUAGCUACGAUUGCGCUGCAUUGAAGCGACAUUGUGAUUUGGUCCAUCCUGUGGAAGCUUGUGUUCACUGAAUUUGAGGAGGAUAUAUUCCCUGAAUUUGAAGAGAGUACUCUUAUAGCCCAUUCUACGCAUGUAGGUUUGAACCAUGCAUGCUGAAGGACAGGAAUUACGGCAAGAUCUUGAGCUGCUUUAAUGACCGAUCGAACGGCAAUGUAAUAUAUACUAUAUUUUCCAGCAUGAAACCUGUUCAUGGGAGUACUUUCAAAUAGGGGUUAAGUUCAUGACUCAUAUUAGUUGAGUCAGAGAGAAAGAGCCCGAGCUUCGAUGGCUUGUGCAUGUCCUCUCUCUUCCCACAUUGAAAGCUUGUGGGAAGUCUGCAAGUAACGUUGUCAAAAAAAAGAACAUAUAUAAUAAAGGUAUAUUUGUACUUAAUAUUUUACAUUUAA